AUGUUUGAUGUCACGACGACGGGCUCGACCGGCUGUCGAGUGGCCAUCAUCACAAGCCGUAUAUCUGAUGGGAAAGCGUGCGUUUUGGCAAACUAUCGGGGGACGGGUCAGCGCGAUGUGAAUGCGGCAUACCAAUUCUUAACUCCCCGGACGAAGGAUGAGAAUCCCCUCGUACAGGACGCCUUCUUUCGAACGAAACUCCUUCCAGGGUUUGGAUUCUUGCAGGAUGGUGGAGUUCGUGCCAACAAUCCUUUGGCAAUUGCACUCAAAGAGCUAGCGGUCAUCUGGCCCUCAGCUAAAACGCAUGAUCUCCUGUUAUCAGUGGGAACAGGGUCAUCUUCCUCUAUAACUCAACCAGUUCAUACUGCCCGGAGUUUACUGCGAGAUAGUGCCAUCCCUCGCAUGAUUCGAACCACAAUGUCUUCCCCAUCCAUGGAUGGUGAGCAAGGAUACCGUGAGGCACUCAUUUUUUUGCCGGAUGACAAAAGAUCAAAUGUUUUUCGGCUCAAUCACGAGCUAUCUCAACCGCUUCCUCGGUUGGACGACGUGAGCAGACUAGCGGAGAUAUCUGAAAUGAAUUUCGCCGUUCCGGAUGAGCUAGUGAGAGCUAUCUUAGCAUCUGCCUUUUUCUUCUUUGAACUUGAUGAGCUGCCAAUCAAAAGACAAGGGGUAUACUUCUGUCAAGGGUCGAUCCUGUGUUCCCGAUCAUAUGCCAGGGAGCUGGUGAAGCAUGUUAUGGUCGAAUUUCCAGGAGCAAGGUUCCAAACAGGCCGCAGCAAUCAUCUUGGAGAUGUCGGUAAAGACGACGGUUGCCAUGUAUGUGGAUACUAUCGCAAAAAAAUAAAAUUGUCUGUCAAUGGUCUUGAAGAAAUGAUAUCAAUUGGGAUUGCUGGCUCUUCGUUCUUCCAAAGAAUUGGCGGCUUUCCAAAAUCGUUGCAGGAGCUCCUCGAAGACCAACAAGCAAAUUCCCAUUUUGGUCGUGCCGACCAUUAA